AUGGGUCGAUUCGAUGCGUAUCCAGAGAUCGAGAAUUGGGCCUCGCAUGAGAACGUGAGGUCGCGGUGGGCUGAGCGCUGGGAUCGCGUAGAAGAAUUGAAGACCCUGCCUUUCAAAUACGUUUUCAACCCCAACCGGCCACCGACAGUCGGCGAUGAAAGAGCAUGGCCGUUUAGCUUGAAGACCCAGUGGGAUGCUCCGCCCCCUAAAUCCACGGCACUCCCAACACCUCAACAAAAGGCAUUCAUCGAUGCUCACGCCUUCUAUGAACGCGCUUUUCGCUACCUAAUCUAUUGGCAGUUGCGUCAAAAACAAUUUGUUCUACACUUGCUCAUCGACGAUUUACUCGCCAAAACCGAAGCAAUUGACAAUGAUAUCCCACCCUACCCAAUUUUUGUGAUGGGGAAUGGUGCCCACUUCGGUGCCCUACUCGUGUUGUGGAAGAAGGAGUCCCUCGGGUUUGAUCCUGAAGUUCCGCUACUGCGCGGGCCGGGCUUCACACCUAUACAGAUAAUUGAUGCGGCUCUACACCUUGAGGAUGCGCAUUAUUAUGGCAAAAACACCGACGACGAAUGGGUUCGAGUUUCA